AUGCCUACAACACUCAAGGAGUUCGAGGCGGUCUGGCCGAAGCUUGUUGAGGACCUGAAAGAACACAGCCAGAAGUACAAACUCCCAGAGCAAGCUUUGAGGUGGUAUGAUCAGGUACGCGACAAUCACAAGCUUGGAUGUCCGCACAAAGCGUCGAUUGACUGAUCACCCAGUCUCUAUAGUCCCUCAACCACAACACCGUAGGUGGAAAAUGCAACCGCGGUCUCUCAGUCGUCGACACCACACAACUACUCCUCGGUCGCAAGCUCAGCGACGAUGAGUACUUCAAAUCUGCGUCGCUAGGGUGGAUGAUCGAGCUGCUUCAGGCUUUCUUCCUUGUCAGCGACGAUAUCAUGGACAGCAGCAAGACGCGUCGCGGCAACCCAUGCUGGUACCUCAUGCCCAACGUUGGAAUGAUCGCCAUCAACGACGCUUUCUUGCUCGAGUCUGCAAUCUACUUGCUCCUGAAGAAAUACUUCCGUCAAGAGAAAUACUACGUGGAUUUGCUGGAGCUGUUCCAUGAGGUGACAUUCCAGACAGAAUUGGGACAAGCAUGCGAUCUGCUCACAGCGCCAGAAGAACAUGUGGACCUGGACAACUUCAGCAUGGAGAAGUACACGUUCAUUGUCAUCUACAAGACCGCCUACUACAGCUUUUACCUCCCCGUCGCCCUCGCUCUAUACUUUGCCGGCUUCGCUUCGCCGAAGAAUCUGAAGCAAGCAGAAGACAUCCUUAUUCCCAUGGGCGAGUACUUUCAAGUACAAGACGACUACCUCGACAACUUCGCUGACCCCGCGGUGCUGGGCAAGAUUGGAACAGACAUCCAGGACAACAAGUGCAGUUGGUUGAUCAACCAGGCAUUAAAGAUCGCAACACCAGAGCAGCGAAAAGUCCUAGAGCAGAACUACGGGAAGAAGGAUAGCAAGGCGGAGGACGAGGUCAAGAAGGUGUUCAACGAGAUGGAGCUCGAUAAGGUGUAUGCCAAGUACGAAGAGGAGCGUGUUGCCGAGAUCCGGGAGAAGAUUGCGAAGAUGGACGAGAGUGAAGGUCUGAAGAAGGAGAUCUUCGAAGAGUUCUUGCGAAAGAUCUACAAGCGGAGCAAAUAG